GUGCGAAGAAAGAAAAAUCACCAGAAGUCCCAUGCGCAAUUGACAAAAAAUGAAAAGAUAGCAAACCGGUAACGGUUAACCAUGCGGUUUUGAAUCGGUUUUUUCUAAAUAGGACGAAAAGUUGUCACUUAACUUGGGCAGACACACCUCGAUCUCAUCGAAUCUCCUCUUACAUAUCACUUCACAGCUCACACCAAACAAACCUACUCCCCUCUUUCCUCUCUCUCUAGGCUCUCUCAGAAAACAUUAGAAAGGUCGUGAGAAUGGCGGCGACAGCAGCUUCAAGCUUGCAAUUUGCUACAAUAAGGCCAAGCAUCUCUAGCAAAGUUGUUAAAGCAGGGACCUACAUUGUCGGUGCCAAUCCCAGGAACGCAUCAUGGGACAAACUUGCCUGCACUCGCCAUCUAUCGAAACACGGAUGUUUGAGAAACAACAGUUCUCUUCCAACUUCUAAAAAGAGUUUUUCCUUUUCAACAAAGGCCAUGUCUGAAUCCAGCGAGAACAAGGCUUCUUCUGGACUUCCUAUUGAUUUGAGAGGGAAAAGGGCUUUCAUUGCUGGUAUAGCUGAUGAUAAUGGAUAUGGUUGGGCCAUAGCCAAAUCUCUUGCUGCUGCUGGUGCUGAAAUAUUGGUUGGGACAUGGGUUCCUGCACUUAACAUUUUCGAGACGAGCCUGAGACGUGGAAAAUUUGACCAGUCACGCGUGCUGCCUGACGGGUCAUUGAUGGAGAUUAAAAAGGUUUAUCCUUUGGAUGCUGUGUUUGACAGUCCUGAAGAUGUGCCUGAAGAUGUGAAAGCGAAUAAGCGAUAUGCUGGAUCAUCAAACUGGACAGUACAGGAAGCUGCUGAAUGUGUUAGAAAAGAUUUUGGAACCAUUGACAUUCUUGUCCACUCACUUGCAAAUGGGCCCGAGGUUAGCAAACCUCUUCUGGAGACAUCAAGAAAAGGCUACCUCGCUGCUAUCUCUGCUUCGAGUUACUCUUUUGUUUCCCUCCUCAGGCAUUUCCUGCCAAUUAUGAACCCAGGAGGUGCUUCUAUAUCUCUUACUUACAUUGCUUCUGAAAGGAUCAUUCCUGGGUAUGGUGGGGGUAUGAGUUCUGCCAAAGCCGCACUAGAGAGUGAUACACGGGUGCUUGCAUUUGAAGCUGGAAGGAAACAAAAAAUUAGGGUCAACACCAUCUCUGCAGGUUAUUCAUCUAUCACUCUUACGACCCUACUAUCAAGGCUUUUUGAUGAUAAAAGACUACAACUGUUUUGGUUUUUAGGUCCUUUGGGAAGCCGAGCAGCGAAAGCAAUUGGCUUCAUAGACACCAUGAUUGAGUAUUCAUACAAUAAUGCGCCUGUUCAGAAAACAUUGACCGCAGAUGAAGUUGGGAAUGCAGCAGCCUUCUUGGUAUCUCCAUUGGCCUCUGCCAUAACCGGUGCAACCAUCUAUGUUGACAAUGGCUUGAAUUCAAUGGGUGUUGCCAUCGACAGUCCAGUUUUCAAAGACCUCAAAUAGAGCCUUUUAAGUAACUGUAGUAACUCACUUUUUCUUGUGCUGCAUUUUUUUCAACUGAGUGGAUGCUGUUUUUCAAACUACUUUGUUUUCUAGAACAAAAUAAAAUAUUUAAAACAAUCAGAAUAAAUUCCAGUCAAAUAUUUAUUGGAUUUGAA